UUUAGUCACUUCCUGUAAGUGCUCACAAAAUGAAGAGAGAGAGAGAGAGAGAGAUCCGCCCAACUCAUUUAAAAAGGGAGGGUAUCAAAGUAACCAUUGAGACCAACACUCAACAUUGAACAAGUAGCGUGACAGAAACUUGUCAACUGAAAACACACAGGCAGAGUCAAAAUAUUUGUUUUUCUCCGUUUCUCAAAACACUAAAGGGCAGGGCAGGCAGUUUUCUCUGCAAAAAACCAACUCCUACUUGGUGUUUCGUUUUGUCAGAUCUCUUACAGUUGCAGCAUUCAAAGUUUCCUUUUAAAGAUAGAUAAGAGAGAGAGAGAGAUUCACUUUUUUGUUUGCUGGGUUAAUCCGUGAAUCGGAUUUUGAUGCAUGCACUGUAAAUUCUUUUCGGUAAAUCAGCAUUUGAGAGAAGGGUAUCUCAUAUUUAGUAAGGUAAAAGAGGAAAAUUAGUGUAUUGCCAAUUUGCCAUCCAUUGUUCCUAUCACUAUAGGCAAAGCUUUAACAGACGUUUUUGGAUUACAGUACUCUACUAGGAGUUUUCCUACUCUUAAAAGGUAUAAAACGAGAGAAGCACACCUGUGCUGACAAAGGGAGUUAAAGAGGCACAGGCUUUGCAGGGCUGUCGCACAUUUGUCCGUAAGAGGCCCCUAAAUUCCUCUGUCUCCACGUUAUAAAUCCAAGAGAGAUCCCGGCGGUUUCCAAAACCAACUAUCAUCAUAACUUCUUUUAGUUUCUUGAUCUGUAGAGGAGCAUUGAAAGGAAAUGUCAACUCAGAAGCAAGCAGAGGAAGCUAUGGUCUCAAACAAUGACACUGGGCAUGAAGAGAAAGAAGUAAGCAAUGAUGAAUCCGGUUUUAGCCUUAAAAGCGUUCUUUGGCAUGGUGGGUCUGUCUAUGAUGCCUGGUUUAGUUGUUCUUCAAAUCAGGUUGCUCAGGUUCUGUUGACACUGCCAUACUCUUUCUCUCAAAUGGGGAUGCUUUCAGGCAUAAUUUUGCAGAUAUUUUAUGGUUUUCUUGGAAGCUGGACAGCUUACCUUAUCAGUGUUCUCUAUGUUGAAUACCGAAGCAGAAAGGAGAAAGAGAAUGUCAGCUUCAAGAACCAUGUUAUACAGUGGUUUGAAGUGCUAGAUGGAUUACUGGGUCCAACUUGGAAAGCUGUUGGAUUGGCCUUCAACUGCACUUUUCUCAUGUUUGGUUCUGUGAUACAGCUUAUAGCCUGUGCAAGCAAUAUAUACUACAUAGAUGACAAAUUUGACAAGAGGACAUGGACUUAUAUUUUCGGAGCCUGCUGUGCCACCACCGUGUUCAUUCCUUCAUUUCACAACUAUAGAAUGUGGUCUUUUCUUGGACUUGGAAUGACCACCUACACCGCUUGGUAUAUGACUGUUGCAUCUCUUGUUCACGGUCAGGUUGAAGGGGUAGUUCACUCCGGCCCAACAAAGGCAGUUCUUUAUUUUACAGGAGCCACCAAUAUCCUCUAUACUUUUGGUGGGCAUGCUGUCACUGUGGAAAUUAUGCACGCAAUGUGGAAGCCUAAAAAAUUCAAGUGCAUAUAUCUACUUGCUACCCUUUAUGUGUUCACCUUAACGCUUCCAUCAGCUGCUGCCACCUACUGGGCCUUUGGAGAUCAACUCCUCACUCAUUCAAAUGCUUUCUCCCUGCUACCCCGCACCCCAUGGCGUGAUGCUGCUGUUAUCCUUAUGCUUAUUCAUCAGUUUAUAACAUUUGGAUUCGCUUGUACACCAUUGUAUUUUGUGUGGGAGAAAGUGAUUGGGAUGCAUGAUACAAAGAGCAUCUUGUUGAGGGCGUUGUCUCGGUUACCCGUGGUCAUACCUAUAUGGUUCUUCGCAAUUAUAUUCCCUUUCUUUGGACCAAUCAACUCAGCUGUGGGGGCUCUUUUGGUCAGCUUUACCGUCUACAUCAUCCCUGCUUUAGCUCAUAUGCUCACUUAUCGAUCUGCCUCUGCUCGACAGAAUGCAGCUGAGAAACCUCCUUUCUUCAUCCCGAGCUGGACAGCCAUGUACGUAUUGAAUGCGUUUAUAGUAGUAUGGGUACUCGUGGUUGGCUUUGGAUUGGGAGGGUGGGCUAGUAUGUCCAAUUUCAUCAAGCAAGUUGACACAUUUGGCCUCUUUGCCAAGUGCUACCAGUGCCCUCCUCCGACUCCUGCAAAACAUCAUUAAGUUUGAGAAUCUCAAGUUAAACCAUAGAUCCUCUUAUAGCAUUUUAAAUUUCUCUCUCUCAUGCAUUAUAGACGUCACACGGAAGUUGGCAGCAGCAUCUCCUCUGCAUUGUGUUUUGUUUAAACCCUUCUAUAAAUAGUAGGUUAUUUGCGAACAGUGACGUUUUCUGUGGUAUCAUAUAUAUAUAUAUAUAUAUAUAUGUCAACGUUGUUAUUCUCUGUUCACAAGAGUACUCAGCAUCUUUUAGCUAUCUCUUGGGGAAUCUGCAGUAUUCGCAAUAAGAGUGGAGUGUGCUUCUGAUAAUGUUCGAUAAACCAUCUUCGCUCUAGGAAAUUUAGGGGGAGAUUUGUGAGUGGUAGUGCUCACAUGGCUUGCACAUUACGUAAAAACCUUGUGCAUAUGAACCCCCAUGAAUCCAAAACAAAUCAUUGGAAGAUUAUGGUCUACCUUAGAUCUCCUUUGACUGCCUCUUUUGGUUCCCUAAUUCGUUAUUCUGUUUAUUCAUUCACAUGGAUUUGUUACUUGUAUCUCCUCCUGCUUCCUUAUUGAAACCUGUUAUGGGAGUUGACUAGUCAAUGAAUAGAAUGAGUUCAGAGUUUUCUCCA